AGCCUUCCUUCAUGGCCUGGUCGGUUGCGCCUUCCUUUGAAGGGGUGGGAUCUUGGGGUGUCUCACUGCCGGGCUCUGGCAGCUGGCAGCCAUGGCGCUUGGCCUGCGCGCGAGCACACCGAGCGCCCCAUGGAGGCCGCCGACUGCAGGCUUUCAGCCACGCGGAAUUCGGAAGCAGGGGGCAAGCUGUAGCAGCUUUGUCCUUGGCGCCUGGGCUGUCGUGGGAAGGUUUGCCCUUGGCUCGGCCGCUUGCCGCGGCUUCAAGGUCUUUGUGCACAUGGUGGGCAAGUCGUCUGCCGGAGGCUGGGAGGAUGCCGCGGCGGAGAAUUACGCCAAGCGCCUGAGGGGUAGGACGCCUGCAGUGGAGGUGGAGACCGUUUGCCACAAAAGCGAUGGGCAGCUGAUGCGUGCCCUGGGCAAGGUGCAGCAUCCCCUCUUGGUCCUGGAUGAGCGUGGCGCAUUUGUGAACUCGGAGGAAUUCACGGAUCUGCUUUUCGAUAGCCUCCAGGCCGGAGGGGCGCGGCUUGGAUUCGUGAUUGGCGGCGCCGAUGGUUUGCCGGAUGAGCUUCGCCAAGUGCAGAAAGCACAGCUGAAGAAAGAGGGGCGCAUGCGGCAGUUGCUGUCCUUGGGCCGUCUCACGCUGCCGCACAGGUUGGCUCGCGUGGUGCUGGUGGAGCAGAUAUACCGAGCUCAGGAGAUUAGGCGAGGCUCGAGUUAUCAUCGGGGCGAACCCAAGUAAGCUGAUGGGAAGCACUAUGAAGUUAAGGUCGCGGCAAAAACUGCUGGAUGACCAUUGCUUUGCCAACUUUGCUUUAUGCGCGGGCCUGGCCCGCGUACAGCAUCGUUUCAAAGAGAGGUGCUUAGCCAGAAGACGUUGGCUUUGAAGCAAGGCAAAGUCCUUGUGCUUGGUUGUGAAGACGGUGUCCGGCUGCGGAGAAACGAAGACAGGCUACACGAGGAGGGGCAUGAAGCAGAGCGGCAAAUUGCUUGGCUCAAUCUUCAACUCGCACUUGCCAGGCUUUGGUUCGGCAUUGCCCCCUGACCAAAACAUGCAAGCCUGCGCUAGGGAAUGCCUGAAGACGGG